UCCUGUCAUUUUUGCUGUCACAUCUAUCUUACUUAUUUGUUUAUAACCGGAUUAAAGUGAUUCAAUCGGUGCGACUCAAAUUAAUUAAUUGCUAAAUAUUUGCGUUAUAUCGCACAACAUUAAUUAAUAAAAUGUUUGGCAAGAAAAAAGAGCCGAGACGACCCAGGACAGCUGGUGAUUUGGAACAGUUUGGCAUCUUCGAAGUGCCUGAUAUAAAUAUGGAUAAUAUUGGUGAUAAUAUGAUGGAUGAUGACAACGAUGAGGAAUUAGAAGCUGAAUUAGCUGCUUUGGCAGCUGGAAAUGAUACAGGCUACAAAAGUAGACGCACCAUUGCACGCAAAGCUGUUACCGAUGUAAAUUUGGACGAAAUGGUGGCCGAGUCUAUGAAGGAUACAGUUUCUGAUGAAGAGCCAUCUGAAGGAGAUAAUGAUCCUGCAUUAUUGAAAGAGCUGCAGACACUCACAGGAAAUAAAGAAAUAACGGAAGAGGCAGAAACGCCAGAAAUAAUGAAGGAGGAACAAGCAAAACCUAAUGAAAGUGAAUCUACUCCGGAAGAAAAUUCUAUGCAAGAAAUGAUCCAGAUGUUGCAAGAAAGACUAACCAUUUAUGAAAAAGCUGAACAGAAGGCAAGAAUAGAAAAUGAAUCUGGCAGGGCUAAAAGAUUUAACAGAGGUGUAAGGACGCUCAAGGAAAUGUUGGUUUCUGUGCAAUCAGGUAGAAACAUAGAUGAAGCUGAUAUUCCUCCACUUUUACCUCCUUCUGCCACUGGAGAAGCUACAAUUAAAAAUACAGUAAACGAAAUAUCGUCAACUGAAGUUGAUGAACCAUCUGCUGCAUCAGAUGUAGUUUCAAAUGAAGGCCCUUCUGAACCUUCUGAACCAGCCGCAGAUGUCACAGUUGAUGAGGAAGCUUUGAAUAAAUUAAAAGCGCAACAGCAAAAAUAUAAGACUGCUGCAGUUGCUUGGAAAAAGGCGGGAAAUAAAGAGCAAGCAUUAGAGUAUGUAAAAACCAUAAAGCAAUUCGACAUAGUUAUUGCUGCAGUUACUGCAGGUGAGAAGCUUGAUUUGUCGGAUAUGCCACCUACUCCAACUCUACCAUCUUCAGCAAAUAUUGCACCACCAGCAGCAGCAAAAGAAGAAAGCGAAACUCAGAAGCAAGCUUCUACAGAUACAGCUGACUCGCAAGCGAAGCUCGGUCCCGAGAACAUCGAGGGUGCUCUUAAGGAACGUUUGGAAAUGUACAGAAGAACAAAAGUGGCUGCCGAUGCUGAGGGUAAUACUUCUAAGGCGCGCAGAUACAAUAGAAUUUGCAAACAAUUUGAGGACGCUAUUAAGUUAUACACAUCUGGGAAACCAGUAGCUCUGGAUGAGCUUCCUGUUCCACCUGGUUUUCCACCAUUGUCCAGUUCGCCAAGUAAUGACAAUACUGUGCAACCUGCAGCUCAGUCCAAGUCAUCCGAAGAUAGUGUAACAAAGCCUGCACUGCCAAAAGCACCUGUUCCUCCUCCUAGAACAGGACAGAAACCUCAAAAGAUUACAUCGCGUGCAGAGAAGCAAAUGAUACAAUUGCAGUUGCGGCAGCGCGAAUUGAAGCAAGCUGCGUUAAAUGCUAAACAAGAGGGAGAUAUGGAUUUGGCGCGUGAUUAUCUAAAACAAGCCAAAGGGAUACAACCUUUAAUAGAAGCCAGCAAGGCUGGAUUGCCUGUCGAUAUGAAUUCGAUUCCAUUAUCGCCUCUUGAAAGAAGUGAAAUUACUACGUGUCAAAAAGAUGAAAAUUUCAUAUUGGUAUCUGCUGAGGAUUUUUCAGAAGGCUCCACCGGGACAGAUGAUCAAAUUUACGAAAAUCUUGAAACUCAAUUAAUUAAACAAAUUAAGACGUGUUUGUCUUCACGGGAUCAUUCCAAAGCGUUGGGGAAUGUUGCUGCAUAUAAUAGGUGGGAACGACUUGCACUUGGUUACACGCGAGAUUUAGAUAUGCUGAGAGUUCGAAAACGCGAUUUACUGCCACCACCACAACAUCAUUACGAAGUCAAAACCUACCAAAUAGUACAGUGUUGCACGGAUUUAAACGACGGCGACAUCGAAAUUUCUAUAAUUAGGGGAAUCAAUUAUUCUCGAGAGGCAGAUACGUAUGUCAUGUUUGAAUUUCCAUUUCCGUCAGAAAAUCAUCCCGCGGAUAGAACAUCGACAGUCAAAGAUUCUGCUAAUCCUGAAUACCAGGCUGUAUUUCCGUUGAAUGGGAUUAUAAAUCGCACUUCCAGACAGUGUCAAAGGGCCUUCAAACGGCACGCUUUAAAGUGUGAAGUUUGGGCAAAAGGAUGCUCAUUGAAUCCCAUUUUAUGCUGCUCUCAUCCCAGAGGUUUCUUUCGAAGUGAUAGUCUACUUGGCACAGUGACGAUAAAGUUACAACCUCUGGAGUCCCAGUGCACUUUACAUGAUUCCUUCCCGCUUAUGGAUGGCAGAAAAGCAACAGGAGGAAAACUAGAGAUAAAGAUCCGUCUCAGAAAUCCAAUUCUUUUCAAGCAAAUAGAAAACAUGACGGAAAAAUGGCUAACUAUUGAUCAAUGAUUGAAUACAGCUCAAUAAUUUAUCGUUGUCAUUUUUUUAAUCGUGAGGCCUUUAUAAAUUAGUUUUCGAGAGUAAAUUACUGUAUUUUUUAAAUAUAUAUGUAAUUUA